UGAGAGAGCCCUUUCCCACAAAGCCGCUGGCGGCGGUCCCCUCUCCCCGCCCCUCCCCCGGGCCGCCGCGGGCCCUUUAAGGGCCGAGAGGUGCGCGGUCUCUUUAAGGCAGGUCCUGGUGGUUUCUGUUUUCUGAAGGAAGUGACGGGGGGGUGGGAUUGAAUGAAAAGUGCAAAACAGAGUCUCGAGCGCCGGAGUCGGGGGCGCGGGAGCCGCGGCGCGGGGCGCCGUCUCGGAGUCGAGCCACCGGGGCGCGGCUGGGGGCAGCCCACGUGCGUCCGCGCCACGUCGCGGGCGACCUCGCCGCAGGCUCCCUCAGAAGAGCGGUCCCGGGCGCCCCGAACUAGCCCCUAACUCGGGGCCAAGUUUGCCAGCGCCUCUCCCCGCCCCCACGCGGCGCACUAGGGCCGCGGCGGCCCCCGGGGAUGCGCGCCCCCGGUCGCCGCGAUGUCCCCACGACGCUACCCGCGCUGCUGCUGCUGCCGCUGCUGCUGGGGUCACCGCGCGGCGUGGGCGCGGGGGCGGGCGCUCCCGCCGAGCUGCGGGUCCGCGUGCGGCUGCCGGACGGCCAGGUGACCGAGGAGAGCCUGCAGGCGGACAGCGACGCCGACAGCAUCAGCCUGGAGAUGCGCAAGCCCGACGGCACCCUGGUCUCCUUCACCGCCGACUUCAAGAAGGAUGUGAAGAUCUUCCGAGCCCUUAUCCUGGGGGAGCUGGAAAAGGGGCAGAAUCAGUUCCAAGCCCUCUGCUUUGUGACCCGACUGCACCACAAUGAGAUCAUCCCCAGUGAGGCCAUGGCCAAACUGCGGCAGAAAAACCCACGAACAGUGCGGCAGGCCGAGGAGGUGCGGGGCCUGGAGCAGCUGCACAUGGACAUCGCAGUGAACUUCAGCCAGGGUGGCCUGCUGAGUCCCCAUCUUCACAACGUAUGCGCUGAGGCCGCAGAUGCCAUUUACGCCCGCCAGGAGGAUGUCCGGUUCUGGCUAGAGCAAGGUGUGGACAGCUCUGUCUUCGAGGCUCUGCCCAAGGUGUCUGAGCAGAUGGAACUGCUGCGCUGCAGGCUGGUGGGAGACCGUGGGAAGCCCUGCACUUGCCGCUACGGCCUGAGCCUGGCCUGGUACCCCUGCAUGCUCAAGUACUGCCACAGCCGCGAGCGGCCCACACCCUACAAGUGUGGCAUCCGCAGCUGCCAGAAGAACUAUAGCUUUGACUUCUAUGUGCCCCAGAGGCAGCUGUGUCUCUGGGAUGAGGACCCCUAGCAGGGCUGCUCGGGGCUCUGCCACCAGAGGAGGUGGCAACCCCUCCUGAGGCCUUAUUUCCCUUCCCCCACCCUGGCCCUGAAGCCUGGGCCUGCCUGCCUCUCGUGUGACUGUGAACGGGGUGCCCACAGCAGGGGGACUCAGGAAGGCGGCCCCCUCCCGCCCUGUGCCUUCCGUGGGGGCAGAGGGGACAAAACCAGUUCUCCAGACUUGCCCCCUCUCCCCUCCUCAUCUCCCUUGAAGUGUUCACUUUCAAGCAACCAAAAUGUGACCGCCUAGAAUUCAGCUCUUCAAAGGCUUAGACCCUAAAAGGAGGCUCUGCCUAUUAACCUAUCUCCCCAAUCACGUGCAGAAGGAGCUGGCCUCGCCACCCCUUCCUGUUCCCCACCAAUGAAAGGAUCUUUACCCCCAAAGAGGGGACUCUUGGGGACCUAUGUCACACCCCCUGUGCCAGAUCACAUGCAUUCUUCUUUCCAAAAAGGCCGGGCCAUGUGUGGGGCUGAGCAGACACCUCCCACGCUUGAUGCCGACCACGUGUGCCUUUCCCCAGACCUGGACUUUGCCCCUAGAGUGGGCACCUGCUCUUCUUCCCUCUAAACGGAAAUAUUUUUGUAAGGUUCUGGGGCAGGAAGGGAGUAUGAAGUACAAGGAAAACUUGAAUUCCAGAUGUUUAAUACAAAGUAUUUAUCAUUUGUACCAGAAAUAAAAGUUUUAAGUUUUUACUUGA